AUGGCCAUUUUACCUACGAAUCCGACAGAGACGGAUAAUGAGCUAUCCUCCCUCUGGAUCUCGGCCUGCACCGACUAUGCUGAUGAAACAGGAGCUGUCCUCGACGAUGAGGAAUUGCGAAGCCUCCGAGGCCCCGAAGACCUCUCACGGCAGCUAGACAAUGAAAAGGACAACUUUGAGGACUUCCGCGCAAAGCGACGUCCACUCCUACAUGCGAUGCAAGCUGUGGUCGCCCCCUUUGAGAGCUGGGGUGAUCUCAUCACCGGUGCUGCAGCUGCGGCAUUCCCGCCAGCGUCGUCGAUUAUGGGGGCGAUGCUAAUGCUCAUACGCGGGGCAAGGAGAGUGAGCGAGGCCUUCGAUAUGAUCACAGAUUUGUUUCGCAAGAUAGGUCAUUUCGCACUGCGAUUAGACUCAUACAAGGGCGUCCCACUGAGUGAGGGGAUGAAGGCGAUUAUUGUCAAGGUAUUGGUGAACUUCCUGCGUGUGUGUACGGUGUCGCAGAAUUUUUUGCGCAAGGGGUCGCUGAAAGGGAGGUUGACAAAAUGGGCCAAAAAUGCGAUCGCAGAGGAUACGGAGGUCAGUUCGCUCAUGGGCGAGCUGGAGGACCUGACGAGCCAAGAACAUAUGAUGGUUUCGGCGCAUGGGCUGAAAAUGACCAACCAAGCGCUCAAGAAUACGGAGGAGCUGCUCGAGAGAGAAGAUCGAAGACGUGAACAGGAGAAAUUGGAGAAGGUGAAAGCUGCCCUGCAGCCGGUUUCCGCGUCCAGUCAAGUAUUCUCCUACACCAACGAGAACCGUAUGCCUGGAUCUGGGAGCUGGAUAGAGAAUAGGCUUCAAACUUGGUGGCAAGGAACGGAGCCUCUUCUUUGGCUUCAUGGGGGCCCUGGAGUGGGCAAGUCCCAUCUCGCAUCCAAGAUUAUCACGAGCCUUGGGAAUGGAGAGCUUUCUGGUACUGUCCCCUUGGUGGCGUCCUUCUUCUUCAGGAACAACGAUGUUGAUCUACAAUCUAUCAACAAGGCGUUGCGCACUUUGGCAUGGCAGAUAGCCACACAAAGCCCAAGCUUCGCAACUCAUACGGAAGAAUUUUGUUUGAGAGAAGACCCUGAUAAUACCUAUACUCUGUGGAGUAAACUGUUGAUCCGACACCUCGCUGAGAAGCCAUCAGCGGAAACGUGCUUCGUUAUCGACGGCCUCGAUGAAGCAGAACCGGAAGAAAUGGAGGUUCUUCUUGGCCUACUGGAGAGGAAAUUCUCAGAAGAUGGCACGGAGACCAGACCACCUUUACGCUUUGUACUUCUGAGCAGGGAUUCUGUGCGUCCUGUGUUCGAAGGUCACUCAUUGGACUGGAUCCCCGAUAUUGAGGUUGGCAAUAAUGAGAACAAGGACGAUCUUCACAAAUAUGUUUCUCAAAAGCUACAGACAGCUCGACUGUUUCGCUCAGUGCCCGAGCUCCUGGAGGAGGUUAUCCAGGAGAUCAGCCGGGAAGCCGAAGGCCUCUGGGAAUGGGCCAAUCUGGCGAUUAAAGGCGUGCUGCGCUGUCGAACUAAAGAACAGAUCCAAAAGGUUAUAAGGAGCACCCCACGGGGAAUCGCCGCGAUGUUGAACCAGGAGCUACAGCGCUUGAACAGAGAGCUUUCGAUAUCAGAAGGGUCACCCUUUGGAGAAAACUCGAACGGGGAGGAUUCCCCACAAGUUGACCAAUUGAAUAUCAUUCUUUCCUUCGUGACUCUCGCACAAAAGCCAUUGAAUUUGUGGCAGCUCGAUGCAAUACUGCAAGUCAUCUUCAAGGAAGAAAUUUUGAAUUUGGUGGAUGACAUCCGCAACUUAUACUCUUCACUCUUCCAAAUCAGAUCUAUUGACAAAGUAUACUACUUCGAAAAUGUUGUAAUCUUGCGACAUAGCUCGUUUUAUGAGUAUUUCAGAACCUCUCAGAACUCCGAGCGGAUUCAUGUCAAUCUUGAACAAACUGAGGCCAACUUCCUCUAUGUUAUCCUGGAGACGUUCCGCAGGUACGAAACGCUAGAUUACGACACUAUGGUGCUCGACAAGAUGCACAGGUGCUUUGAAGAAAUGAGACACUAUGCCCAGAGCUUCCUGCCGUGGCAUCUAAUGCGCGCAAAUCCCAAGUCGGCAGGGAAGCGGCGUGAAGGCAUUGCAGCCCUCUUUGAAGAUCUUUUCGCCCAAGAAAAAUAUGCGAGAUGGUUGGUUCUUACCACAACAGCACAAAAGAGCCUUGAUGACUACAUCGAAUAUCCUUCCUCUACCACAUCGAAGAUAGGUCAUUUCUGGCUAUCUGCCGAAAAUCGGAUCACUUCGAAUAAGAGGGCAGAGCUGGUUCUGAACUGGUUCUCUCCAGAGAAAAAGGAAAUUUUUGAAAACAAUUCCCGCUCAGCGGAAGAGGCAAGCAAUGCAUGCCCUUUUACAGUGCUUUUCUCCUUCAUGGUCCGGAUCUGGCUCCGCCUUUGGCUCGCUCCGGAUGAAACCAACAAUGGGGAUGGCUGGCCGGCUGCAAUUCCGCGGCUGUUGAGAUUAUAUAAGGCAAUGGCAGCAGCGGAUAAGGGACCAGAAGAAGAAGAUGAAGUCAGACGGGUGCUAGAGAAAACCUCAGACUGGGAUCUCACUGAGAUGCCCAUAAUUAUGGAAGCCGCAGAGUUUUGUAAGCUCGAGCACAAUGCCAUUUGGCACUCCAGAGUCGGCCAGGCGCUGCUCUUGAAUGGACACUAUCGAGAAGCGUCCGAAAUAUUUCUCGUGGUGCUCAAAGACGAUAAAGAUUCAGAUACCCUUAAUGAACAACACCUCUCUGUUAUACACAGGGACUUGGCUCGUGCGUUUACCCAGAUGGGGAGACACGAGGAGGCACUGAAGCACGCAGAACUAGCUGAAAUGACAGAGCUACCGAGGGAAGAUGAUUUAUACCAAGACCGAGUGCAUCAGUUGCUGAACUUGGCGCAAGUGAAGUAUCGCGCAAAUCGAAAAGACAGUGCAAUUGCCACAGCAAAUAAAGCUUUCGAAGAGUUUUUGGCGAAUAAGAACAACGGGCCGUUUUUUCCAGAUUUUGUUUCUAUAUUCCAGAUCUUCCUUGAUUUCAAACAGCUACAGAGUCUAAGGUCGGUUUUGAACCACGCUGCCGAGCAUUGUGAAAAGAGCGAAUUGCAAGGACCGGGGUAUCCGUUCGCAGAAUUCCUUUUCAACACUUUCGUUUCCAGACAUUAUCAUCUCUACAGGGUACUCCAAAUUGCUUUGGAAGAGGACGAUCAAUAUUAUUUGGGUCAUCUUGCGAAACUUAUGACGAGGAUUGAUGCCGAACGAAACGUGAUACAACAAAACUGGGUUUCUGAACCCACAUAUCUCAAAUAUCUGAUCGCAACCAUCUUAUUCGAUAAGGGACAAUCAGAUACGGGGGCUCAAGGCUUGUGCCAGAUUAUCAUCGAUGCCGGCCGUGAUGAUGAUGACAUCGUCUGGCACACAGAAACACGCGGGCACUCACUGGCUUACCUGGUGAGAUUGUGCCUAAGUGAUGUGGAUAUCCCUUCUUGCGAGGCCUUGCCAAUAGCAUUAGACACCGCGGCCGAGCAUAGUGUCGCCUGUCUGGUGAUCUCAAGCUGGCUUCAGAGCCAUGGAAAUCUUCAGAAUGCAAAACAUGCUCUGCGCGGUCGGGUUAAAACAUGCGUUGCCUUGCUAUCAGACGAUCAUUCUACAAAUGACACAGAUACCUUCAAGGCUCUUUUCGAAGCACUCCUAAUGGAUCCAGAUAGCGAGGAAGAUCUCACUGCAGCUUUAUAUUGCAUCAAAAAGGACCACGAGCGAGUGAUCGAGAGACAUCAUAAGGAGGCCAGUGAUACUGGGAGAAGCGAAGAUAUCAAUAGCACUGACGGUAUUACUAUGAUGUACGAUCUGGCAAGGUGCUCAAUUUGCAUACAAGAGAUGUGUGAUAUCUACGACUGGUACUGCUGUCGCUCUUGUCCGUUCAAGAUCUGCUGUCGAGAGUGUUCCGGUAAGCCUGGGCUGGUUGCCGAAAACUCUGGUAUAUUUAAAUGCCCUGGUAUUUGCGAGGAUGAACAUGAUUUCUUCUACACCGGAGGAUCUCUUCGACAAGAGGAGCGGGUUCCAGAAGGCAUGGUGCCGGCCUCCUCAUACGGGGAUGAAAAUGCUAUCUGGAUUGAGGACUGGAAGGAUAGGCUUGUGAAGAAGUGGAAUACGGAGGAUCUCACUUUCGAAGGAGGUUUAUCGGGUUGGUGCAUGAGCGUUUUGCCAGAGCCACAGGCAACACGGUGGGCUAAGAUGUUCAAAGUUUAA